UUAUCUUGGACUUCAGAUAAUUACACUAUCAGAUUUGGAAUGUGACUACAUUAACGCCAGAUCAUGCUGCUCAAAACUCAAUAAAUGGGUGCUCCCUGAGGUGAUUGGCCAUGCUGUUGUAACUGUAUUAAUGCUUAUUUCGUUGCACUGGUUCAUCUUUCUCCUUAAUUUGCCAGUAGCAACAUGGAAUAUAUAUAGGUACAUCAUGGUGCCAAGUGGAAACAUGGGGGUAUUUGAUCCCACAGAGAUCCACAACCGAGGACAACUGAAAUCACACAUGAAGGAAGCCAUGAUUAAACUAGGCUUUCAUCUGCUCUGUUUCUUCAUGUACCUUUACAGUAUGAUUCUGGCUUUGAUAAAUGAUUGAGAAGUUGAAAAAGAACCAUUGGCUGCCAGAUUGGGUCAUCACUCCAGUGACUGGUUGUGGAGCCACAGACACCUUCCGAACAUGCCUAGCUCAGUGUCGUCAUGCAGUAUAUUUUUCCUCUUUCAACAAGAAAUAUUUUUCUGUAUUUUUAACAUAAAAUAUUUUCAAAAGACA